AUGGGUCAAUGGAGUUUGCUGGCUAUACUGCUCCUUACUGGCUACUUCUAUGUGAUUUGCAGCGCCAAGUCGUUAGAGCAGAGUGACUACCAGGCUGAUCUUUUUACGGGAUUUAAAAGUAAACAGCCACAUAAACGCUAUCAAAGCAACGAGGCAAGUGAAUAUAAUACAAUUGAGGGUAAAGGUGAUAAUGCGGACGUAUUUGAUGAGAUGCAAGCUGAUGUCUAUGAAAAUUUAGUACGUUUAGUAAAAGAAAUGCAAAAGGAACGUGAACGCGUAUCGAUACGUUACAAACCGAAUUUAGGAAAGCGCACACAAAUGUACAAGUAA